AUGAAGUCUCUUUACGCCAAAAGAAUUUCCGUGCAAAAAGUGGCCACUUUGGUAGUCAUUGUGGCAUUGUGUUAUUUGGCGUCCAGUUCGAGAAAUCAAGCAGCAUCAGCACACAAUCGCCAAAGUGUUGAGAGCAAAGGGCAUCAUCAAGAGAAGACCGAGACGAACGCUACGAAGACGAUUUUACUGUGGAACGGUUCACGCCGAGUGGAAGUGCAAGUCUUUGGCAAGGGCCAGGACGCCUUCGCCAAACAGAACUGCACCUACAGUCGAUGCGAAAUGUCAGACAACCGGACCGAGCGUCCGCUGGAACAUUACGACGCCAUCGUCGUGGUCCUCAACGACGAAUUCAUCUCGCCGGAUCAGCUCAAAUUGCCCGAAUUCGACAGCAACAAACGCAACGCCAGUCAACGUCUCGUCUUUUUCACUCAAGAACCUCCUCCAGCGCUGAUGCCUUACUACAACACGAGUCGAUUCACCAAUUAUUUCAAUUGGACAAUGACCUACAGAAUGGACUCUGACAUUCGUUUGCUUUACGGCCGAUUCAUACCGAAAGAAAAUGCUCCUAUGACAGCGGAAGACGUUAGCCGCUGCCGAGAAAAAGCUCGCAACAAUACCAGCAUGAAAUCAGUUCACAAAAAGACGAAAGCCGUCGCCUGGAUGGUCACCCAUUGCAACACGCACAGUCAAAGAGAAACGUACAUCAAAGAGCUGGGCAAAUACAUCGAAGUCGACACCUAUGGGCCGUGUGGCAAUCGACAUUGUCCACGUCACGCUUUAUACAGUUCUGACCCAAAAUGUUAUGAAAUGCUGGAGUCGACUUACAAAUUCUACCUGUCCUUUGAAAAUGCCAUUUGCCCAGAUUACGUAACUGAGAAAUUCUUCAAAAUUCUAGGUCAAGAAUUAGUUCCCAUCGUCUACGGUGGGGCCGACUACACCCAACACGCACCGGCCCAUUCCUACAUCGACGCUCUCAAAUACAAACCAAAAGAGUUGGCCGCUUAUCUCCAAUUGCUCAUUGCCAACGAAACGCUCUACAACGAAUAUUUCUGGUGGAAAGAUUACUAUAGAGUCGAAUUCACUUUAGAGGACAGAAGUCGUCACGCCUUUUGCGACCUGUGCCAAAAACUACACGAGCAGGAUGACCAGAAGUCUUAUCCGGAUCUGUCAGCGGAAUGGGGUGAUGGUAACAAGUGCAAACCAUUUAAUCCAACUUGGAUAGAAUAAACGGUCGUAAAAUAAUCCUUUUCUUCACGACUCCUAUUU